AUGACAUUGAAUCAUGCUCACGAAUCACUUUUUGGCCCUCCAUCUGAGCCAAUCGACGUUUCCAAGUUCCUCCAGGAUGCAGGAAGUAGAUUUGGCCCGGGAGGCAGCUCAUCAGCAAUCUCUACAUUGAAUGCCAGGUGGGAGAACCUCACCCAGGAGAAGAUGGAUGCCGUCCAGGCUGAAUGUUUAGGAAGCAUCGCCGAACUCAAGUCGUCCGCUGAAGACGCUUGGAAUAACCCAAUCGUGUCUGCUCAUUUGAUCAAAAACCACGAGACUGCAGUCGGAGCCAUAUACGACCAAGCUGACACCAGCAAGUCCAGUCGUACAACCGCAAGUAACCGCGGAGGCCGCAAACGCAAACGCCAGGAUGAGGAGGGACUUGCUGACAGGCCCGAGGUCAAAUCGCUUCAAGAAAAACUAGACGCUAUACAACUUAAUUGCUGGUCACUACCACCUGGCUCUGCACUUUUCAUUCGUCCGUCAAAAAAUGGCGAUCAGAAUGCUUUAACCACCGCUAAAAGAAUGGGAAGAGGGGUGCUUUCCUUGAACCAAACCCCGAUCCCACAUUCGUCGGACACCAGAACGAGUAUAUCCACGGAUACAUCUUAUCCAUCUUCUGGUCAAGCCCUGAUUACGAUCAGUGUACACAACAGGAUUCCCUGGUCCCACAAUUCGUUCUCUCGAGUCUCACAGCACGUUGUCAUCUCUACGCAAAGCCUCGCAGACUUGGUUGAAGUGAUCCCCUGUAUUUCUAACGAAAUUCCAGAUGAGAAUUUAGACGAUGAAGGGCAUGCAAUAGGAUACGAAUUGGGCCAGGGGGCUCGUGGCCAAAGCGAUCGAAUGGGCUUUGUAUUUUGUAUAGAGGGCAUUAUUUAUGAUGAGACUGACGAAGGUGUUAAUGCAGAGAAGACUCCCGCAGGAGCAGCGACCACGGGUGAUGAAGAGCGGCAGGUCGCUUCAGGACACAGUAUUUGA